GGCCAUUAUACGAUCAAUCUGGUUGUUCGGGAUCGUGAUGAGACGAUUUUAGGCACCGGUACUACAUCAAUCCAGGUUCGCGACCGUUGGAUCGUUGCACUUGGGGAUUCGUACUGUUCCGGCGAGGGGAAUCCGGAUAUUCCGGAAGACGCAGAGGGGAGACGGGCCGUCUGGAUGAACGAUCGUUGCCACCGUUCCUCCUCCUCCUGGGCCUCCCGUCUAUCCGACCGUGUCCAUAGGAGUGACCCGUCCUCCCCAGUCAUCUUCUCCUUUCUGUGUUGUACCGGGGCUUCUGUCGAGCAGGGCGUUCUCCGUUCUACACCCCAACAACCCAUCCCUCAAAUGGCCGUCGUCGAGCAGAUCGCCAACAAAUUCGAGUUGAGGCCGGAUCUGGUGUUGUUAUCGGUUGGAGGGAAUGACAUCGGGUACGCGGAGAUACUGCAUGCACUCGGGAAUGGGCAUGAGACGACACUUUUCGGGACUAUGCAUCUGAGAUUUAUGUUCGCUUCCCAACAAUUGGAUCAACUCGCAACGAGAUUAUCCUCUCUUCGUCCUCGUCGAGUAUUAUUCCCGCAUUAUUUCGACCCGUCUCGAGAUGAGCAUGGAAAUUUCGACGCUUCUUGUCAGGAUCUACAACAUAUCGGUUCUUCCAACCUUCGCCAUGCCGAGGAGAUGAUCCUCCGCCGGCUGAACCGUAUGAUCUCGGCGAAAUGUGUGGAGAAUGGGUGGACACAUGUGGAUGUAUCAUCUGUCUUUCAAAAGGCCGGCAUUUGCAGUCGGCAUAGUCGGAUACGUACCAUGGCUGAUUCGAAGCGACUGGAGGGAUCAACCCUCGGUGCUUUUCACCCAACAGCCGAGGCUCAUGCUGAGAUCGCGAGGCUCCUAUGGACGGCUGGGCAU